UUUAGAAAUACGUCUGGUGCUCUGCUUUCGCUAGUAGGUUCCGCGUCCGCCCACAGAAACCAAUCAGCGGAAGGAUACUCGAAAAAAGAUCUCCGCUUUCCCUGCCUGCGCCGGACGGACGGAGCCACCCACCCAAGCGACCGGAGCGGCGAGCGGCGGAGAGAUGGCGUCGGCGGCGGGGGAGGAGACGGUGCGCGCGUCGCACAUCCUGAUCAAGCACGAGGGGUCCCGGCGCAAGGCGUCCUGGAAGGACCCGGAGGGCCGGGUCAUCUCCGCCACCACGCGCGCCGACGCCGCCGCGCGCCUCGGCGAGCUCCGCUCCCAGAUCCUCGCCGGCCGCGCCUCCUUCGCCGACCUCGCCGCGCAGCACUCGGACUGCUCCUCCGCCCGCCGCGGCGGCGACCUAGGCACCUUUGGGAGGAGGCAGAUGCAGAAGCCCUUCGAGGACGCCACGUACGCUCUCAAGGUGGGGGAGAUCAGCGACAUCAUCGACACCGAGAGCGGGGUUCACAUCAUCCUGCGUACCGCAUAGGGAGAAAGAAGCCCACGCCGUGGCCGUCACAACACCCUCUGAUAUUAUUUAGCACUUUUCCUUCUUCCAGGGCAUGCGGCUCUUCUCAUUCUGGCAGCCCAAAACUUGAAUGAAUGAAGAAAAAUGUCUUGUAUCGUCUCGCCAUUUUGCUACGGUUGAUACAUAUAUCACAUGUCAGUGUUUGAGCUUA